AUGAGAACCUAUCCCUCAACCCACCACCCAGAUCCUUACUACUCAACCAAGCGCACCCAGAAAAUUCCCUCCGACCUGUACGACAUCUCAAUGGUCACCUCACCGCUGCUGCUGCCUCCCUCACUCGCCUCUCUGGCAAAUCUGGAGGCAAUUCUCACAUUCUUGACGCCCUCACCUGCAUGGACCCCUUUCUGGUAUAGCCUGUACGACGGCGGGGGUGCCGUGGCCCUGUUGUGGGUCCAGAUCUAUCUUCUCAGCCCGCGGCGCACCGAGAUCGCAUUCGAGCUGGCCGGCUUAAUCACCAUCCAUCUCACUCGGAUCCUGACAGUGGCCUGGUUCGCUUGCUACCGGAAUGAUGAUGGGUGGACUGAGGCGGCGGUGACCCGGUGUCUGGGAAUGGUUAUCGUGCUGGGGUUGGAUUGGAUUACGAUUCGUCGAAUUUAUUGGCGGCAGCCUGCUCAGGAAAGGAGAUCUGAUACGCUCCGGUCCGUUGGAGAGCAUAAGUAG